AUGGGUAAUAAAGAAGCACGUGCUAAACGAGGCAAGGCACUUUCCGAGGCUGAUGUAACUGAAUUGUGUAAUCUAUCGGGUUUUACACCACAGCAAGUGCGCGAAUGGCAUUCAGGCUUUUUGAAAGAUUGUCCAAGUGGAAAACUAAAUAAGAAAAAAUUUAUUGAAGUUUACAAACAAUUUUAUCCAACUGGAAGAGCUGAAAAAUUUUGUGAAUAUGUAUUUCGUACAUUUGAUACGGAUGGAUCAGGCAAUAUAGAUUUUGCUGAAUUCUUAAUUGCUAUUUCAAUUACGGCUCAACAGGAUCCAAAGAAAAAAUUAGAAUGGGCAUUUUCAAUGUAUGACAUUGAUCGUAAUGGAUAUAUUGAGAAAAAGGAAAUGAAAAAGAUCAUGGAUGCUAUUUAUGAUCUUCUUGGUGAAGAAAAGAAAGGUUCAAAUUCACCGGAAAUGAAGGUCGAUCAAAUAUUUUCAAAAAUGGACAUAAAUAGUGAUCAAAAAUUAUCAAAAGAUGAAUUCGUUACUGGCUGUUUACAAGAUGAUUACUUAAGAAAAUUACUUGCACCAUCUGCCUCUUGA